UCUGCCGAUCACGCCAGCAGUAGCACGAGGAUGCGAAGGACUUUGGAGCCUUAGGGAAAGAGUGUUGGGAUGGUUUGACCCGAAAGGAACUAUGAAAACCAAGGAGCGACAGAAAGCCGGCAAGGAAAGUCUGGAUAAUAGUAUGGCAGGCGAGGCCAGCAGCUCCGAGGGCGGCCUUAAGAAGAUAGUGUCGUCCCUCGUGCGAGCACUAAACAAAACUCAAGGCUAUCUGGCGGACGUCAAGAAAAAGUUGACUUUCGAUGGAGCAAACAUCACGGAGUUCCUGAUCGACUACAAGAACCUAGCUGCGUUACUAAAGUGGAUCGAGGAGGAAAAGAUGGACCACCUAGAACCUGUCUCUUAUACACAUCUAGAUGUGUAUAAGAGACAGAUCACGGAGUUCCUGAUCGACUACAAGAACCUAGCUGCGUUACUAAAGUGGAUCGAGGAGGAAAAGAUGGACCACCUAGAACAACACGUGUCGUUAAGCCUAGGACGGGACAUAAUGGCCAUUGUAGCCGCAAGCCGGUUUUGGAAGGAGACCCGGGAUGUGAUGAUGAGGAAGUACCUAGCGACAGAGAAAAUGGCAACGGAGGCCGACUUAGCGGCAGUUCAGAGGAAGAACUUCGCAACGUACAAUGAUUUCCUACAGGAAUUUACUCUAGUAGCACUAAGGAUCCCCGGGGUCACGGACCGGAUAAUGAGCAACUAUUUCCUCAGGCAGUUCUCCGAGUUCGACAAAGGCAAGAUCCUGUCAGCUUACCAACAGACGAGCAAGUUCGUAAACACGCGGGAUGUUGAUUUUAGCACGGUAACGGAUCUGGCUCAGAAAACGGUAGUAACAGAGAUGUUGGCCUUGCUCAAGGAAGGAGAGGUCAUAGAUCUGAUCAGUAGGACGGGCGACAAGGUGUACCAGAUCAUUAAAGGGGGAGAUAUUUGGACCACAAGGGGAACGGGUGAACUGGAACUCUCCAGGAGGGAUGCGGCGAGCCAUUAUCAUGCUCAACGGGUUAGAAAUAACAGUCGUAGAGGCCGAACCGGUGGGCGAAUCAUCUGGGAUCAACUCCGGGGGCGCGGGCCACAGGUCAACUUCAUUUUGGAAAGCGACGGGCGGGAUAGGGUAAACGCGACUACUCGACUAGGGACGGCUGGGAGAAGGAUUAUCCGUGACGCUGUAAUGGAGGAGGUUGAUGGAAGUUCGGAACCGCAGGCGGAGCCUGAGGCCGAGGAAACGGAAAAGGUCUAUGGGAAGCCUAGGGAAGAGGAGCCUGCGGACAAGGUUACCGCCGCUAAGAAGAAAUUUCGGUAUCAACUCCCGAUCUUAACCUUGCCUGAGUUGGACGACACCAUUAGCAAGUUACUAGCAACCAUGGUGUCGGUCUCUUUUCAGACCAUGAUGCAGGCUAGCCCUAGGUUGCUCAAAGGGCUCAGACAACUGUUGACUCGGAGGCGAGUAGAAAUAGGCGACAACCCCGAAUUACCAGAAGGGGAGAGGGAGGAGGAAGCUCCGCAAGAAGUGGCUAACCUUCAGAGGAGUCACGGGGACUUGGAGGAUCUCGAAAAGGCCUUUGCAGACAUUCGUUUGAGCUUGCCCGACCGACAGGGCGGCGAAGUCAUGAGAUCACCACACGGGACGAAGCUUAGCUUUCAUGCGCUGCCCGUAGGGAAACUGAAAAUUCAGAUCGGCCGGAGAAGUAACCAGCGGUCUCACAAGGGGUCAUCCUAUGAAUUUGGGAUAGCAGGAGAAGUAACAGACCUCCUCCAAGCAAAGAUGGACUCCCUCGUUGCGGAGCCUAUGACAUCGCCAUACGCAAAUCGGUGGUUCGUCUUUCGGAAGCCUAACAAGACACUAAGGUGGAUUCAGGACCUGCAGAAGUUGAAUGCGGUAACCAUCCGGGAUGCUGGCUCGCUACCUCAAGCUGACUUAUUAGCGGAAUCACACGCCGAUCGAAGCAUUUACUCCCUGAUAGAUCUGUAUUCAGGGUACGACCAGCUUCCGUUGGAUGUUCGGGACAGGCCAUACACCACUAUGCACACCCCCGUAGGCCAACUACAGAUGCAAGUGACCCCUAUGGGAUUCACAAACGAGGUGGCCGAAGCACAACGCAGGAUGCUCGCCGUGGCCGGGGACAUGUUCCCAGAAAAAUGUGAGCCUUACAUCGAUGACAAUUCGAUCAAAGGUGCGCAGGAGAAGGACGAGACAGAAGUCCAGCCAGGGAUCUGACGUUUUGUGUGGGACCACCUGCAGGACAUUAAGGACUUACUCCGCCGG